AUGGGUAAUUUCCGUUUCCCAGUGAAGUUCAAACUUCCAACAUCAUACAUCAACCAUAUGGUCCUGCGUGAUCAUUUCAAACGUCUACAAGCUGCUGAACAUGAAGUCACUAUACAAGCUUUGAAAUAUAUUGCAAGAAACACACAAUUACCACCAAGAGCCAGACUAGAGGCACAGUUACAACUAACCACUAUGCCAAACUACACUAGAAUGACUCAAAUUAAAGACCGUUGUGUUGCUAGUGGUUCUGCUAAAUCUGUCAUUAAAGAUUUCCGUCUAUGUAGAACCCAAUUUAGAGAAAAGGCUAGAAAUGGUGAUUUGCCUGGUGUGAAGAGAGGUGUUUGGUAA